CGGUCUGCUGUGUCUAAAUACACUCACCGGUUCAACAACCGUGGACCCGUCUCGUCUCAACAAUCCAAAUACAACCAUGGCUGCUGCUGCUACUUCUGCUUCAUCUUCAUCUUCUUCUCUCAGAUCGCCGCCAUUCAAAGCUCCAUCAUCUGAACUGAAGAAUCCCCGAGGGAUCGCUAAUUUUGGGUGUAGAGCUGGUGUUAUAAGCAAUCAUAAUUCGGUGUUGCUGCGUGGAAAAUUGGUGUUGAGCUGUUUGAGGGAGGAAAAGAUGGAUGUCAAGGCAUCAGCUGUUGUUGAUGGAAUUACAGAAUGCUUCGAUGAUUCGAUGGCAGAGACGAAGGUUAAGGAACCUAGUGUAUCGACUAUACUGAUGAAUUUUGAGAACAAAUUCGAUCCUUAUUCUGCAAUGAGCACCCCCCUAUAUCAGACGGCUACUUUCAAACAGCCUUCGGCAACUGAAAAUGGCCCUUAUGAUUACACGAGGAGUGGCAAUCCCACACGCGAUAUGUUGGAAAGCCUUUUGGCAAAACUUGAUAAAGCAGAUCGAGCAUUUUGCUUUACCAGUGGCAUGGCCGCUUUAGCCACAGUCAGUCAUCUAGUUGGAAACGGUGAAGAAAUUGUUGCCGGAGAGGACAUAUAUGGCGGUUCUGAUCGGUUACUAUCACAAGUUGUUCCUAGGACAGGAGUCGUGGUUAAGCGAGUGGACACGACUGACUUGGAUGAGGUUGCUGCUGCAGUUGGCCCCCAGACAAAGCUCGUGUGGUUGGAGAGUCCAACCAAUCCCCGAAUACAAAUUUCUGAUAUUUCUAAAAUAGCGGAGAUUGCUCAUGCUAACAAUGCUCUCUUGUUGGUGGAUAAUAGUAUCAUGUCUCCUGUAUUGUCUCGACCCUUGGAACUCGGAGCAGACAUUGUGAUGCACUCAGCUACAAAAUUCAUUGCUGGACACAGUGAUGUCAUGGCUGGAGUGCUUGCCGUAAGAGGGGAAAGGCUGGCAAAAGAAUUGUAUUUUCUACAAAAUGCGGAAGGCUCUGGGCUGGCACCCUUUGAUUGUUGGAUUUGUUUACGGGGCAUCAAGACAAUGGCUUUACGUGUCGAGAAGCAACAAGAUAAUGCACAGAAGAUAGCCGAAUUUCUGUCCUCUCAUCCCCUUGUAAAGAAGGUUAAUUAUGCUGGUCUUCCUAACCAUCCUGGACGCUCAUUACACUACUCUCAGGCAAAGGGAGCGGGAUCUGUUUUGAGUUUUCUAACAGGGUCAUUGGCUCUCUCUAAGCACAUAGUCGAGACUACCAACUACUUCGGCAUAACCGUUAGUUUUGGGAGUGUAAAAUCACUAAUAAGCAUGCCGUGCUUCAUGUCGCAUGCAUCUAUACCAGCAGAAGUUCGUGAGGCCAGAGGUCUAACUGAAGAUCUUAUUCGCAUAUCUGUGGGGAUCGAAGAUGUUAAUGAUUUGAUUGCUGAUUUGGACCACGCACUUAGAACCGGACCUAUUUAGGGUUCAUGACUACCGGUUCAACCAUAAAACAUUGAAUCGCAACAAGGGCCAACGAGGCUUAUUUCAUUCCUUCUUCGAUAAUUGCUGAUCUGAAACCAUGUUACAGUAGUAUUUAUGAAUAACAUUGUACAUAUAUGGAAGUACAUGUUUUCUCAUAAA